AUGCAGAGUGGGAAGCUUUUGAUCAAAACUCGCAAGGGGUCUCAGGUCUUGCAGCUUAUACCACACGAGGUCCUCGAGAAGGACUUCCCUAGAGUAUUAAUCUCCGAGAACUUUCAUUGGCUGGAUUUGGAGACUGGGGCUGUUGAAUUCCGUCCACUGAACCAGCCAUGGAAACCUUCGGACCGCAAUUGGCAUUUGUUCUUUGAUCCUAAUUCGCCGGGCAACAUGCUCAUGCAACAAGAUUCCAAGACCCUAGUCGAUGUUCAGAGCCCGACUUUCCAAAAAAUUGGUCACAUAUUGAAAGUUCUUGAUGCAAGUGAUGAGAUUGUUGUCAUUCGGACGGCUUUUGGGACACUAGAGGCAGAACUAAGCCGUUUACGGUUGAAAUUCUUCGUCAAUGAUAAUGGACGUGUAACGUCAAAGGAGUUCAGCGCCCUGAUUGAUGUGGACCAAGACAUCGGCUGUUUCUAUGGACUGAAGAACAAACUGGUCCUCGUUGAUUCCUCCAAUAAUCGAUCGGUCAUUAUUCCUUACGGAAGCCCGAUGAUUAGUAGAGAAGAUCAUCAUGUUGCAGUCACAAUCGAUCUACCAACCGGAAAUCGGGCGAAGUACAUGCAUUAUUGCUUGGACAGUCAUCUGCAAGUUCUGCGAGGAUUCCACCCCCUGGCUAUCUUGUACCAGGCAUACUUGCACGCAAUCACGUCUUUCCCUGUCCCUGAUAACUUGACUCAUCGCUCAGGUACCGAAGAGGCUAUCCGCAUUCUAUGUCAGGAGUGUUUGAAAUCAGCAUUCCCCCUUCAAAAUGAUGCUACCGAGACCCUGGAAAGGAUUGCCGCCCUUACGCCGUGCCGCAAAUUUUAUCCCCAGCACCUUCGUGUCAUGCAAACUAUCGAAUGGUCUAGUAACUUAGGUCAACUUGCCCAACACGAUGACUUCCAGUCCUUAUCGCAAGAAAUUCUUCAGUUCUCUGAGCAGUUUUCACAUUUCCAUGGUGCCAAAAAAGAGGGAAAACUGCCUCUUAUACCCGGGGAGUAUUGA